CGGUUACAAAAAGUGACUCUUUGAGGAGAUCAUGACCGCUAAAGAUGGCGUUGGUGGAGGAUGGACGAGCAUCCCGUUCAAGGACCUUUCCGUGGGAGACAAGAUUGGCGGAGGUGGUGUCGGCAUCGUCUACCGCGGCAAGUACCGAGGCAAGCCCGUGGCGUUGAAGACACUGUUUGACCCGCGCGUUGACAGCGCACUGAAGCAAGAGUUCAUGGACGAGCUUCUUGUGAUGAGCAAACUGGACCAUCCUCAUGUUGUCGAGUUCAUCGGCGCGUGCAUGGAAGCGCCAAACCUGUGCUUUGUCAUGGAACUGUGCAGCAUGUCGCUGUACGAUCAGCUGCACGGCACGAACGACCCCAUCAGCAUCCCCACCUUGGUCAAGAUGGCGACCAAUGUGGCUUCGGCCAUGCAGUACUUGCAUUCGCUGUCUCCUGCCAUUGUCCAUCGAGACCUCAAAAGUCAAAAUGUACUUCUGGAUGCGUCAGGAACGGUGAAGUUGUGCGACUUUGGCCUCGUGUGCACGAAGGAAGGCACCGCGGGGACUCCAGCGUACAUGCCGCCAGAGCUCCUCGCGGGGAAACCGUUCUCCAAGGCCGUGGACGUGUACAUGUUUGGGGUGCUUCUCUGGGAGAUGUUUGCGCGGGAUGUUCCAUUUCGAGGAUACGCCAUCGACGACAUCCAACGCAAGGUGCUUCAUGGCGACCGCCCGCCGAUUCCGACUUUGGACUGUCCGUCCGCGUGCCAGGAAUUGAUCCGGCAAUGCUGGAGUGCCGACCCGUCCCACCGCCCGACGUUCGAUGUCAUCGCGCAAAAGUUGCGCCAAGUCGACGUGACGGCGGUGGUGCAUGCAGUGGACGACAUCAUAGAAGAGGACGCGUUGGACUCGCUCUUGAUGGGAGGCAAGAAGAAAAAUGGUAGACGCUAAGGAGAUACUGCAUUUUCACGGGAUCUUUGUUCAAACGUCAUGGAGGAACUUGCGGCGGGCCAAACAGGUCCAAGCCCAAGUCGUUCCAUCGCUCGGGAGGUUCCCUUCCGUUGACGGGCAACAUGCCUGGGGAUAAAAUGUAAAGAAUCAUGUCGUGUAGAUACUGGAG